AUUAUCUUCUUUUUCUUGCUGCUAUAGGUAUUGCAGCGCAGGCAAGGAAUGACCCCUGGUGGUCUAUUAAUUAAAGAGUUGAAUGAUUUGCUGGACCGUUUGGCUUUAACCGAAAACAGAGCAGAGAAAACCGCAGUUCUGUCUACUCUUAUACAGAAGACAAAUGCACAGGAAAUGAAAUGGAUUGUCAUGAUAAUCCUCAAAGAUCUGAAACUGGGAGUCAGUGAAAAAAGCAUUUUUCAUGAGUUUCAUCCAGAUGCAGAAGACUUAUUCAAUGUCACUUGUGACUUAAAAUUGGUUUGUGAAAAACUAAGGGAUCGUAGACAAAGGCAUAAGCGUCAGGACAUUGAAGUUGGUAAAGCUGUACGACCUCAGUUGGCUUCAAGAGUGUCCAAUGCAAAUGCUGCAUGGAAAAAGCUUCAUGGGAAGGAAGUUGUAGUCGAAUGCAAGUUUGAUGGUGACCGUAUUCAAAUUCAUAAGAAUGGAACUGAAAUACACUACUUUUCAAGGAACUUUCUCGAUCACUCAGAAUAUGGACAUGGAAUGUCUGAUGUUAUUGUUCAAAAUGUUCUUGCCACUAGGUGUAUACUUGAUGGUGAAAUGUUGGUGUGGGAUAAAUCUUUAAACCGUUUUGCAGAGUUUGGCUCAAACCAGGAAAUAGCGAGGGCAGCAAAGGAUGGAUUUGACAGCAAUCGUCAGUUAUGCUAUGUCGCGUUUGAUGUUCUUUAUGUUGGAGAUACUAGUGUUAUUCACAGGAGUUUGAAAGAAAGGCACGAGCUUCUCAGAGGUGUUGUCAAGCCUGUGAAGGGUCAAUUGGAAAUCUUAGUACCUAAUGGUGGUCUUAAUAGUGACUGUGCUGGGGAUCCUUCUUGGUCAAUCAGAGCUUAUAAUGUUGAUGACGUGGAAAGGUUCUUUAAGAGUACCAUUGAAAAUAGAGAUGAAGGUAUUGUUAUUAAGGACCUGAGUUCUAAAUGGGAACCUGGUGAUCGGAGUGGGAAGUGGUUAAAAUUAAAGCCUGACUACAUUCAUGCAGGAUCUGACUUGGAUGCCCUCAUCAUAGGAGGUUACUAUGGCUCUGGACGGCGGGGUGGGGAGGUCGCUCAAUUUUUAAUGGGUCUUGCUGAGCGUCCACCCUCAAAUGCAUAUCCCAGACGGUUUAUUUCCUUCUGCAGAGUAGGAACUGGACUUACUGAUGAGGAGUUAGAUUCUGUUGUAAAUAAACUGAAGCCUUAUUUUCGGAAAAGUGAAUAUCCAAGGAAGACUGCACCCAGCUUUUACCAAGUUACAAAUAAUUCAAAAGAAAGACCAGAUGUUUGGAUUGAAAGCCCUGAGAAGUCAAUCAUACUUUCCAUUACCAGUGAUAUACGAACUAUAAAAUCUGAGGUCUUUGCAGCACCAUAUAGCCUAAGAUUUCCACGCAUACAACGUGUUCGAUAUGACAAACCUUGGCAUGAAUGUCUUGAUGUUCAAUCUUUUGUAGAGCUUGUUCAUUCAAGUAAUGGUACCACACAAAGGGGCACAAAUAAUAGUGGCUGGCAAGAUAGUAAACGAAAGUACAUUAAUUCCACUGGAAAGGGAAGGAAAAAGAGUGUUUCUGUUGUUCCUUCUCAUUUACUUCAGACUGAUAUUUCAGGCAUUAAAGGGGACUCCUUGAUUUUCUCGAAUAUGUUAUUUUACAUUGUUAAUGUGCCUCCAACCCAUUCUCUCGAUUCCUUGCACAAAUUGAUAGUGGAGAAUGGGGGCACAUUCUCUAUGAAUUUGAAUAAUUCUGUUACACACUCUGUUGCAGCUGAUAGCAAAGGCAUCAAAUAUGAGGCUGCCAAACGUCAUGGAGAUGUUAUACAUUAUUCUUGGGUGUUGGAAUGUUGUUCCCAGAAGAAACUACUACCUCUAAUGCCCAAGCAUUUUCUCUUUCUCUCUGGUCACUCAAAGAAAAAAUUGGGGGAGGAAAUUGAUGAAUUUUCUGACUCGUACUUCUGGGAUCUUGAACUUGCAGACCUGAAACAGCUGUUAAGCAACGUUAGUAGAUCAGAAGAUGUGAAAGCUAUUGACUACUACAGGGAAAAAUAUUGUCCAAAACAUGAAUGGUGUAUUUUUUCUGGGUGCCAAAUUUACUUUCAUCCUUUAAAACCAUCUUUGAAAUCUGAUUGGGAUGCCCUGUUGGAGCUUUCAGUAAGGAGGUUGAAGGUUGAAGUUUCCUUCAGAGGUGGGAAAGUCAGUGAUGAUCGUGUUUCUGCUACCCACAUUGUAGUCUUCUUUAUACCUGGACCGCCUGUAAAAUAUGAAGCAGUGUUGAAAAGUUGCAAUGAAGCAGAUAAACAUGUCAUGUUGAAGGAUAAGACUCAUAUUGUUGCACAUCAGUGGUUGGAAGACUGUUUGGAGAGGGCCCAAAGGUUGCAAGAAGAUGCAUAUAGCUUGAAUCCCAAUACGAAAAAGUCGAUCGAAAAGUUAAACUCUGGAAUAGGCUCUGAGACACCAUCGGCCUCAGAAAAUAUAGACAAUCAGCAAAUUCCUUCUGCUUCCAAGGAGUAUAAAGAUCUGGGAGGAAAUGAAUCUGCUUCAGGACAACACAUGCUCUCACAUUCAACUAAGAGAUCUGGUGGAAAGAAAAGAGGAAGGCCUGCUGCAAGUAGCAUGCAAAAAGGGAAAUCGAGUAUCGAACAAGUUCGAAGAGUUUUGCCCCGAAGAACCAAGGGGCCUGCAAAAAUAAAUGAAGUUGAAUCAGACAGCAGUGACCAUACUAACGAAAAGACAAAUGCAGAAACUGGAAAUAUUGGAACACUCUGCAGUGAAAGCUUAGGAAAGAACGAGUUUCGAAUGCUGGAAAACGAGAAAUGUGUCGAGAAUAAAAGAGGAAGUCCUGAAAGGAACACACAAAAAGGGAAAGCAAAGGUGGAGCAAGUUCGAAGAACUCGGGCACGUAUAGCCAAGGGGGACGGCAGUGACUAUACUGAUGUGAAAACGAAUGCAGAAGAAGCUGAAAUGGAGAGAGGAAAUGUUGGAACNUUUUGCAUGUAUUAG